AUGAUUUCAUUGCUAUUACAGGCAAGUGAGAUAAGGCCGUAUUUGAAGCCACACCAUCCUAACAAAAAGAAUGAACCAAGGUCGUUUCAGAAGAAUCUACCAUAUACCAAAGUAGAAGUCAAGCCAUGGGAGGAACUAGGUAUCACCAAGGAAAGGUUUUUCAAGAGGAAGUAUGGAAAGAUGAGUGACUGGAGAUGGAAAAUUAUGCAGGAAAAAAUAGCUCGGCAACGGAGGUACCGAGGAAUGAAAAAAACUCACGAAGAACAGAAACUAAAGGAAGAGAAGGAUGCAAUGGAUGCAAUGGAUGAAUCUGGCAGACGGAGACGUAAUCUUGAUGGUUUAAGUGCUCAAGAAAUCAUGUACAAUCACAGAAAGGCCGAUAAUGGAACAAUAAGGCCUGGAACAUAUGGAACAUUUUUUGAAUAUGUUUAUGGUACACACCUGGUCAAAUCCGUCCUUCUUGCUAGAAAGCGUCUGAUUUUUGGAUUGUAUACGUUCAAUUGCGAAGAUUCUAGUAUCAUUGAAAAAGCAAAAAUAGAAUAUGGAGUAAAAGUGCAGAGUGUUCGGGAUAAAAAUGCCUUAAAUAUACUUACCAAAAACGGUGUACAUAAUGGAGUAGUGUUGAAGACCAAGUCCUUAGUUGUGCCGUACGUGAAGGAAGUCGGGCGUGCUGAAAACCGUGACUAUACAUUGAUGGUGGAGGAUAAAUAUGGGGACACUGAUGUGAUUGUGGAAGAAGUAACGAGAUGUCGAAACCUUAAAGAGGAUGGUGAAGAAAAAUAUCCCCUUGCGUUAUACUUGGAUGAAAUUACCGAUCCCCAGAAUAUCGGGUCUAUAUUGAGAAGUGCAUACUUUUUUGGAGUUGACUUUGUAGUGAUACCUAGCCAUUCGAGUGCAAAAUUGGGCCCUGUUGCGAAUAAAGCUUCGUCGGGGGCAUUGGAUUUGAUGAACAUUUACCAAGUAGAGAAAAGUUUGAGUUUUUUAGAGAAUGUUAAGAAAAAUGGAUGGACUGUUAUUGCCACUAGCGCGAAACCCGCCGAGUCAAGCUUUAGGAACAAGUUUAUUGAUUUGAAAAGCCUCAAGACUGCUUUGCAAAGGACUCCUGUUAUGUUAGUGAUUGGUAGCGAGGGAAAAGGUGUAAGAACAAAUAUCAAGUUGACCAGUGAUUAUUUAGUUGGUAUACCACAACUUGGAGAAAAUGACAAGAUUGUUGAUUCGUUGAAUGUGGGAGUAGCUACAGGAAUCUUGAUCCAAAGUUGCUUAUAG